AUGCGGCGGAAGGGGGCAGCCGAGCGGCGUGCACAGAGCGCGCCAGGGAGCCCCGAGCGCGGAGCGGGGAGGAGCAGUCGGCGCUGGGCAGAAAACGCAGCGCCCGCCAGGCCCGGCAGCUCUGAGGUGGGUGGGCCGUGCCGCCAGCCCGCCCGCGGGGUCCCCAUUGGCCGCCUGCCGGCCGCCCUCCGCCUUGAAGGCGGCGAGGAGCCGAGGGGCUGCUCGCGAGCGGGAGGGGGAGCGCCCGACCGAGCCGACGCCGGGGGCGGACGCGUGGGAUCCGCGCCCCCCACUCGCUCCCUCCCCGCGCUCCCGCCGCCGCCCCGCCGGUCUCCGGCGCUGGCGCCCUCGGUCGGCCUCCGACAGCUACAGAGGGACCCAGGCAGCUCCCGGGCGCCCGCGGACUGGACACUGAUGCAUGAGGGGCCCACGGAGGCGCAGGAGCGGUGGUGAUGGUGUGGGAAGCGGAGCUGAAGUGCGCUGGGCUUUGGUGAGGAGUGACAGUUUAUCAUGACUGUGUUCAGGCAGGAAAACGUGGAUGAUUACUACGACACCGGCGAGGAACUUGGCAGGUUUCAGCACAUUCCAUAACUGAAGACUCAUUCUGCCAUUGGUCAAGGCUUGGAUAGCCUCAGCUGUCUAUCCCAGGCACUCCCCAGCCUUAUGGAACUAGAAUCACAAAGAUGAGAAUAAAUGAGGACCUUAAGAUC